AAAGGAGAAUUCUGAUGUCAAGGCCAAGAAUACAAAAUUGAAACAAGCCACAGAAGCAAAUGCUGAGCUCAAGACCAGAUUCGAGGAGCUAGUAAAGAAAAUAAAACAGAACACCAGUAAUCUCAUUGCUGAAAAUUCUGAGCUCAGAGACAGAGUCACGAAAUUGGAACAGAAGCAGACACAAAGUGAUAGUGUACACGUAUUAGAAGAUUCUAUUCUCCACGAAGCAUCAUCUGAUAUUUCUUCCAAUAUUCAUACAUACUCGUCCGAGCCUAAAUCGUCGGAAAAUAAAGAGAUCGAUGAGUUUCUGGAUUUUAAAAACCAUAAGAAAAAGGGAACAGAUAAACUCCGGCAAGAAUUGUUCAAUACUUCUUUAGAUUUACAAGAUCACUCUAUAUCAAAAAAUAUUAAACCAGGACAGAUCGAAAUUUCCGAGACGGCCCGUCCCGAAAAAUUUGGGGGCAUGGAUGGUUCUGCGAAGUGUAUUAAUUCAUUCGACAUUAAUGAGGUAUCACAAAAUUUAGCUCAGUUGUGCGAUACAGCCAUAGAACAAAUUGAAAGACAGAAAGCUGAAUUGAUGUUAGGGCAGUACGAUCCCAAUUCUCAUCCAGUCACCUCUCGCUCACGAUCUAAAGCUAAUACAAAAGAUAGUUACUCGAGCAAUACAGAUAAUUUCAAAAAAAUUAUAACGGGUUUGAAAGGAACUAUUGCUAAAGGACAGCAGACUUUGAAGAAACCCCCGGGACCAGGAAAACAAAAAGCUGAUGAACUUUCUAUGAAUCGCUUUUUAGAUAAUUUAAUAGAUGAUACAGGUUUACCUGGAGAGGACUAUGACUAUGAUCCAGUUGAAGAUUUGAGAUUACAAUUUGAGCAGUUGGGAAUCAAUCAAGCAAAAUUAGCUCGAGUAAUACAUGCGGUUUCAAAAUCUUCUCAAUACAAAUGUUCAAAAUUUCGACCUGAUUUUUCAUACUUGAUACAUCAUGCUUGUCUUACCAGAGGGGAAGAAAAGGGACCCAACAGUGAUGACAAUCCGGAAGUUGAGUUGGCCUCAAAAUUAACAUGGACCUAUGGCGAUUCCCUACAUUUUCGGGUAUUAUGCGCAUGGCACCAUGGUUACAUAUUACUUCGAAGAAAAUCAAGUCAAGCGGAAGGACUUAGUUACUUGUUUACUGGAAACACUGGAUGGACGUAUACAGGCUUUCAAUAUCGGAAUAAACAUCGGCCGAUUGUUAAUUCCUCUUCGUCAAACCCUUCCAGAUCCUUUCGAGCACGAGUUUGUCAUCCUCCACAGAUCAAGCGGCAAAACAAUCGAGCUGUUGCAAGCUUGCAAGCUUCGGUUAUAAAACGUUAUUACGAGGCGGGGUCUGUUGAGAAACUCAAGAAUCUUUACCGUGAAAUGGAAAACUCUAAUGUUCCUUUCAUUGAUCACUUGGACGGUACCAACACAAUGGAAACUGAAACUCCAUUUGCUAUUUUUCCACCAAAGGGUGUAAGACAUAAGCCAACUUCCAAGAAACAACUGUCUCUACAUGAAAUAGGCUUUAUGCAUCGUGAUCUCUGCUGGGACAAUGUGCUGAAAUUCAUUGAUCAAGAUAAAUGGUUCAUUAUUGAUUUCGAUGAUGCAUGUCACACUCCUUCAAGUACUCCUAGCAUACAAUUGGCUUGCAAUAACCAUGCUCCUGAGAUUUUUCAACCUGAUCACAAUGAAAGUGUUGAUAUCUGGUCUGUUGGAUAUCUUAUUAGGACAGCCUUUGUAGAAGUUCAAGAAUUAAGUAAUUACGCAUCAAUGACAUUGAUGGCAAAAGAGCAUCUUGAUAGACGGACAGCUAAAGAAGCAUUAAGGUGGCUUUGGAACAAUUAUAGAGAUAUUCUUGGAGAGCAGUUUUCAGAAGAUGUUACAAUAAAGGAUAUAUAG